AUGGGUGCCAAAAUCGAUCUUACCGAUUCAUCAGGACAUACAGCUUUACAUCUUGCUUCGUGGUUUGGUCAUGUCGAAACAUGCAAAGUUCUUAUUGAACACCACGCUCCUCUUGAUGUUAAAGACAACGCAGGUCGUACACCAUUACACUUUGCUUGUCAACACAAUCGACCUGCCAUUGUUAGUCUUCUUGUUGAAGCCGGCGCUGAUGUUAUGAUUGCAGAUUGCAAUGGUAAGACACCCGAGCAGAUUGCUGCACAAGAAGAUCGUGUUUCUAUCUUAGAAUACUUACAGAAUGCUACAAAAGAUACCAACAAGUCAGAUUCUACAUCUGGUCAUCCUCCAGAAGUCGAAUUUGUUGAAGAACAUAAUAAAAUGAAGGCAACUAUCUUGAAGUUGUCAGAUUUACGUGAAGAACAGUUUGAACAAGUAAAUGCAUUACAAAACCGCAUUGAGAAACAACAAGCGACACUUUCAUCCCUUGAAAUGAAUACUACUCAACUUAAGAUGAAACUUGAAGUUAUUCAUUCCCUUCUACACGCUUCUCUUAAAGCUAUUACAGACCUUCGACUAUCAUCUACAAAUCCACAAUCAUCAGGUAUCCACUUUACUAUGACUAGAACCCCAACAAAUACUUCUAUUAACAACGCAAGCAUGCAAUCGCAGAUUAACAUGACUAACCCAUCUCUUCAAUCUCCUAUUAACAUUGGCAACCCUGGUAUUCAAUCACAGAUGCAGAUUCCAAACCAAGGAGUUAUAAACCGUCCAUCAGCAUCACAGCCACAACCACAACAACAAAUACAGAAUCGCGCACAGACUACUACACCUAAACCAGUUCCACAAUCACCGUUACAGCCAUCUGUCAUUUCUAAACCAAAUGUUUCUACAAUGCCAACAAUUCCACAAGUCCAAGGAACUCCGAUCAACUCAAUCCUUGGCAAUGCGAACAUCACUAGCUCUCCUCUUCUCAAUGCACCAAACCGUGAUACAUCUCCACCAGUCACACAACUUGGAAGUGUCGACAUCCUUACACAGAUGACUAAUCGAUCAAAUAACAAAAUUAAUGAUCCACUCUGCAACAUCUGCCACAAGAAUGUUGCUACAGAGAAGUGCCGAACAUGCGGUAACUUGAUAUGUGAUGCAUGCCUUGAAGAAGUCAAACAUGUCUGCCCAAUUUGCCAUCCUAAAGUCGUCGAAUAA